AUGACGGAGAUCUACGAUUACCUGCGUUUGCUCUAUGCCCGGGCCGGAAAAACCAUCUCACCGGUUUCUGGCCGCGAAGUAAAAAAAGAUGAUACUGCAGAUGUUAUUAAUGCCAUCAGCCAUUUGCCCCAGGGAGACAGGGCCCUGCUGCUGGUGCCGUUUAAACAGCAUACCAACCGCGAAGUAAAAGAAGAGCUGAAUAUAUUAUUGCAGAAGGGCUUUUCCCGUUUGUACGACGGAGAAGUUAAGCGAAUAGAAGAUUUGCUGGAAGACCCCAAAUGGAAGCCUGCCGCAAAAAAGAAAUUGUAUGUGCUCAUAGACAGGCUGGUGGUAAAAGAUUUUGAUGAAGACGAUAAACACCGCAUGGCAGAUUCUGUAAACACUGCCUUCUAUGAAGGUGAGGGCGAGGUAUAUGUGGAAGUAAAUGGCGAAAAGCUGCUGCAUUUUUCUAACCGGUUUGAACUGGAUGGAAUUGUUUUUGAAGAACCGGUGCCCAAUUUGUUUUCAUUUAAUAAUCCCUUUGGUGCCUGCCCUACCUGCGAGGGCUUCUCGCUGGUGCUGGGUAUUGACGAAGACCUUGUAAUACCAGACAAGCGCCUGAGCGUAUACGAAGGCGCCGUGGCCCCCUGGAAGGGAGAGAAGAUGGGUCUAUGGAAGGAUGCGUUUAUAAAAGCCUCCCGCAAAUUUGAUUUCCCCGUACACACACCCGUUAUUGAUCUUACUAAAAAAGAAUACCAGGCAUUGUGGAAGGGCAACGAAUUUGUAAAUGGCAUAGACGAUUUCUUUAAAGAAGUAGAACAGAAUUUAUACAAGGUGCAGUACCGGGUAAUGUUGUCCAGGUACCGCGGCCGUACACUUUGCCCCGAUUGUGAAGGUUACCGCCUGCGCAAGGAAGCCCUCUAUGUAAAAGUAGGCGGCAGGCAUAUUGGCGAACUGUGCGAAAUGCCGGUAAAAGAUCUGCAGCAAUGGUUUGAUGCCCUGGUGCUGGACAAAAGCGACGCCCAGAUUGCCAAAAGGAUAUUGAUAGAAAUUCACCACCGCAUAAAAACACUGAUGGAUGUGGGCCUGGGUUAUCUUACCCUCAACCGCCUCGCCAAUUCACUCAGCGGCGGAGAGAGCCAGCGCAUACAGCUUACGCGCAGCCUGGGCAGCAACCUUACCAAUUCAUUGUACAUACUGGAUGAACCUUCCAUCGGCCUGCAUUCAAGGGAUACGGAAAGGCUGAUAGCGGUAUUAAAGGAGCUGCGCGACCUGGGUAAUACCGUAGUAGUGGUAGAACACGAUGAAAUGAUGAUGCGCGAAGCAGAUUAUAUCAUUGAUAUGGGUCCGCUGGCCAGUCACCUGGGCGGCGAAGUAGUAGCCGCCGGCAACUACGAUGAAUUAAUAGCCAAUGAAAAAAGUCUUACGGGCAAAUACCUUAAAGGAGAAAUGUUUAUUGCGGCACCCAAACAGGUGCGCAAGUGGAACAGCCAGGUAAAGAUUGAGGGCGCCCGGCAGAACAACCUGAAAAACAUUGAUGUAGCAUUCCCGCUGAACCUGCUCUGUGUUGUAAGUGGAGUAAGCGGCAGCGGUAAAACAACACUGGUAAAACAAAUUCUUUACCCGGCGCUGAGAAAAUUGAAAGGAGAGACCGCCGACAAAGCCGGCAGUUUCAAAGCCAUUACCGGCGAUAUUGAUUACCUGAGCCAGGUAGAAAUGGUAGAUCAGAACCCCAUUGGAAAAUCGUCGCGCAGCAACCCGGUUACGUAUAUUAAAGCUUAUGAUGAAAUAAGGGAGUUGUAUUCAAGCCAGCCCCUUAGUAAAAUGCGUGGUUUUUUACCCAAACAUUUUUCUUUUAACGUAGACGGCGGCCGUUGCGAUACCUGCAAGGGCGAGGGCGAACAGGUGGUAGAAAUGCAGUUCCUGGCAGAUGUGCACUUAACCUGCGAGGUGUGCGGCGGCAAACGUUUCAAAGAAGAAGUGCUGGAAGUAACCUAUAAAGAGAAGAGUAUCUAUGAUGUGCUGGAGAUGAGUGUAGAUGAUGCCAUCGCUUUUUUUGCCACAGAAAAGGAUGUAGUGAGCAAAAUUAAAGCGCUGCAGGAUGUGGGACUGGGUUAUAUUAAGCUGGGGCAAUCCUCAGAUACGCUUUCGGGCGGAGAGGCUCAAAGGGUGAAACUGGCUUCCUUCCUGGGUAAGGGAAGGGCGCAGGGCCAUAUUCUUUUUAUUUUUGAUGAACCUACUACUGGAUUACAUUUCCAUGAUAUUAAGAAGCUGCUGGCAUCUUUUAAUGCGCUGAUUGAGCAGGGACAUUCCAUCCUGGUGAUAGAACACAAUACGGAUGUGAUUAAAAGCGCCGACUGGGUAAUAGACCUGGGCCCCGAAGCAGGAUCGGGCGGUGGGCAAAUUGUUUUUGCAGGCGUGCCUGCGGAUUUAAAAAAAUGCAAGGCCAGUUAUACGGCUAAGUUUCUCUGA